AUAGCGUCACUUUGACAAGUGAGGUUAUGUCCAAGUCCCAGUAUGGAGGCCACAAAUCGCCCCUACGCUAAGUUUCAGCCCAAUGAGGAGUACCUCGAGGCCCUUAUCUCGAUGGGCAUUUCCGAAAACCAUGCCCAAGAAGCCUUGUUUUGCACCGGCAACGAGUCAGUAGAAGCCGCCGUGAGUUAUGUUUUUACGAAUUUGCUGCAUGAAGACAACGACGACGAGAAUCUAAUGCCCCCCGGGGCCGAAAACAACGUCGACGAGUCCCCAAAAAGGUACAAAAUGACAUUUGUGGUGAACACAGCGCUGAAAAUGGGGCUCGGUAAAACGGCCGCGCAAGUGGCACACGCGUGUUUGGGGCUCUAUCGGGAGAUGCGGAUUACGGGGGAUAGGGAGGAUGCGUUGAACGAGUGGGAUUAUUUCGGGGAGAAGAAGAUUGUCCUCAAAGGGGAAAACACUGAGCAUUUAGAGGCGCUGUUUAAUAAAGCGAAAGAAAUGAAUGUUCCGUGUUAUUUAGUGUCAGAUGCUGGCCACACGCAGAUACCCCCAGGGUCUGUCACGGUUUUGAGUGUUUUUGGAGACGAGGAAGAAGUUAACGCCAUCACAGGGACUUUAAGUUUGUUAUAAUGACUAGAAUUCCAUUUAAUUGUAAGGUUAGGACCACGAAACCCAAGCCCUCUCUGAUUAGUGUGAACGCAUGUUUUUUUAUUUUUAGACCACUUAGAUGUAAAUUAUUUAUUUAUUUUUAAGAGUUAUCUACAGGCUAUUCCGCUUAAACUCCAUACGAAGUAUUGAGAAUUCUAAUAAUUAUAAUUUUUGGGGAAAAAAUUUGCACACAACCGUAAUCCGCCUGAUAAUGAAAAUAUUUGCAACGUGACGGCACUUCCGGUUACACCGGAAGUCGUUAUCAACUUUCUUAUAUUAAAUGAAAAGCUUUGUUUUUUGCUGCAUUUUUGGAUUACUUGAGCUAUUUUGCUUUUCCUAUACCUAUAUUUAAUUUUUAUUUUAGUAUUUAAUUUUUUGAUUUUCAUUUUUGACUUAAAAAAUCGUUAACCUUUUGGCUUAUUUUAAAGAGAAAGUUUAAAUCUUUUUUUUUUGUGUUUUCAAAUUUCUAAAAAAUAUUAGCAAACUCAGAUCGAGUUUGCAGAAAUUCACACCUAUAACUCCAAUUUUCAAGUAAAAUGUCACAAUUUUUAUUUGACUAAAUGGUUGAGAAUUAAUUUUUGCAUUCAUCUUGAUUAAUAUUCCCUAUACUUACGUUUAACAGUUUUUAAGUUAUACUAUGGCACUGAGAAAUUAGCCAUAGAUUUUUUUCGCGAUUAAAAUUUAAUUGCAAUUAAAAUGUUCUGCAAACCGGCUUUAAGGGCUGGUUUAUAGAAAGUUUUACCAAAAUCUAAUUCGUUGUUAAAAGUUAACGCGAAUGGACCAAUCACGUUUGUUCAAUUUGAUCAUGUGAU